UUCCCAACUAUUUUCUAAUGCUGCCUUCGGGCGAUUACCCGGAAACAUCCCAAACCAUUUCCCAUUGACCCCCGUCUUCCUCGGUCCAGAUCUCUCUCCUCCUCGUCGUCUCUCUCUUUAUAUAUUUGUGAAUACCUAUAAAGCCUUUUCUGUAUAUAUAGCUCGAGAUUUCUAUAUAGAUUGUUUAGGGUUUUAGUUUUCUUCCGAGAAUUUAAUAAAAAAGAAAAUUAUUUUUUCCGUAUUUCCUGUUCGGCAUAUUAUAGGUGUCAUGAUCUCCAAAAUUUAGCUUUAAUUUUAUAAAAUUGUUGUAGCUUUAUGAGUUUCGUUUUUCUUUUUUGAGAAAAAAAUAUAAUUUUUGAAGAUCACUGUGAUGGUGGGCUCGGAGAACUCAGCUGAGACUUUGCCGCCAUCAAUGGAAGUGGCACCGAGGAAUUACGGCGUAACUAGACCGUUGUCUCUUGCGGGGCCGUCUGAGGCCGAUAAACAUAGAAACGCAGCUCUUGAAAAGUUUCUGAGAGAUUCUGGGCUGUAUGAGAGCGAGGAAGAGACUGCAAGGAGAGAAGAGGUGUUGCGGAAGCUUGAUCAGAUUGUGAAGCUUUGGGUGAAGCAAUUGACCCGCCAGAGAGGUUAUACAGACCAAAUGGUGGAAGAUGCAAAUGCUGUCAUAUUCACUUUUGGGUCUUAUAGGCUUGGUGUAAGUAAAAACUUCUUUUAUUGUUACUUAAAGGUUCAUGGGCCUGGAGCUGACAUUGACACAUUAUGUGUUGGUCCAUCAUAUGUCCAUCGAGAUGAAGAUUUUUUUAUUACUCUACAUGGCAUAUUAGCAGAGAAGGAAGAGGUUACUGAACUUCAACCUGUUCCUGAGGCACAUGUACCUGUCAUGAAAUUCAAAUUUCAAGGAAUAUCAAUUGAUCUCCUUUAUGCUAGUAUCUCUCUCCUGGUUGUCCCUGAAAAUUUGGACAUUUCAGACCGUUCUGUUCUCUACAAUAUUGAUGAGCAAACUGUUCGAAGUCUCAAUGGGUGCAGGGUUGCUGAUCAAAUUCUUAAACUUGUUCCUAAUGCUGAGCAUUUCCGGAUGACACUAAGAUGCUUGAAAUUUUGGGCCAAAAGGCGCGGCGUUUAUUCAAAUGUUACUGGAUUUCUUGGUGGUGUAAAUUGGGCUCUUUUGGUUGCUCGGGUUUGCCAGUUUUAUCCUAAUGCAAUUCCUAGUAUGUUGGUUUCACGGUUCUUCAGAGUCUAUACACAAUGGCGUUGGCCAAAUCCUGUUAUGUUAUGUCCUAUAGAAGAAGAUGAGCUUGGGUUUCUUGUUUGGGAUCCUCGCAAGAAUCCCAAAGACCGGACUCAUCAUAUGCCAAUCAUCACUCCUGCUUACCCUUGCAUGAAUUCUAGUUACAAUGUCUCACCAAGCACUCUUCGUGUAAUGAUGGACCAAUUUCAAUUUGGUAACAAGAUUUGUGAGGAGAUUGAGUUGAAUAAUAAACAUUGGGGUGCCCUUUUUGAGCCUUAUAUUUUCUUUGAGGCAUACAAAAACUAUCUUCAGGUUGACAUUGUUGCAGCACACACUAAUGAUUUGUUGGCUUGGAAAGGAUGGGUGGAGUCGCGGCUUAGACAACUAACACUUAAGAUAGAGCGUGACACAAAUGGAAUGUUACAGUGCCAUCCAUAUCCAACUGAAUUUGUUGACGCUUCUAAACCAUGCCCACAUUGUGCUUUUUUUAUGGGCUUGCAAAGGAAAGAAGGAGUUAAGGUGGAAGAAGGGCAACAGUUUGAUAUUCGUGGAACUGUUGAUGAGUUUAAACAAGAUGUAAACAUGUACUCUUAUUGGGGUCCUGGGAUGGAUAUAUUUGUGUCUCAUGUUCGUAGAAAACAUAUUCCUGCUUAUGUCUUUCCUGAAGGACACAAGAGACAGCGUCAGUCUAGAAACAUAACUUAUCAUAGUUCUUGUACUCCUGAAAAAGAUGUCAAAGGCUGCACAUCCCCUGAAGAAAGGAAUCCAAAGAGAAAAGCUGAAACUGAAAUAACUGAUGUGAAAUCAGAGAAACCUGGGAAGCGGGCAUCUAUAAGUCCACAAAAUCUAGGAUCUGUCUCUCCUGCAUGUGUUGAAUUACCACAGAUGAUGGGCAUCUGCGAAGACUCUACUCUAGAGCAUAGGAAUGCCAGUGAUGAGGUCAGAGGUAGAGUAAACAUCUCAGUGGAUGGUCUAUCUGGAUGUCAAAAUGGCAUUGCUUUGAAUGAAAAUGCCCGGUCCCUACCUGUUAAUUUAAGUGGAUGUGUUAUUCCUAGUGCUUUAUUUGGAAUUCCAAAAGAAACAGUUUCUAUUCAGGAGGUGCUCACUUCAUGUGAGGUCCUACAGAAUGAUGAAAAGGUGAAAGCACUGGGAUCAGCUCAGUUGGGUGGCGCGGGAGCUGCAAUUGGCAACAAUGAGCAGCUAAAUGGACCAUGCAAUCAAGGAGGACAGUUUGAAUGUGUUGAAACUAUACUUGUGUCAAGUAACAAAAUCCAGAACCUCACUUGCCGGGGUGAUAUAAGCUUGGCAGAGCAGAUUUCUCAAAUUGGGGAUCAAUGUCUAAGUGCUAGUGGAGUAUUGGGGAAUGGCUUGGCUGAAAAAACAAAGCCAAAUCAUGACAUUGCAAGGAUAGUUGAAACGAAGGAUGUGACAAGUGCCGAAGCCGUGCAGGAGCCAGCAAUAAGGCUUAGUCUGGAAUCAACAGCAUGAAUGCCUGGUGGGGAGUUGAUUAAAUGAACCACAAGUCUCAUGGAAAGUGUGUGUGGUUAUGCCAGCUUUGGACAUGGUUGAAGUGGGCGGGCGGGCGGGUAGGUGUGUGCAUUUGCCUUUUCUAGCUAACUCUUGUCUGGGGUUGCACAUAAAAUGCCUUGGUUGGACUGUUUAUCAGAGGAGCUGGGCGAAGUUAUCUGUUCUGCAUUCCCUUGAGCUGCUUUAUUAUCACUCGAAUUUGUUGUCAAAAAUCUAAUGAUUGGUAUCUUCUUUUGUUAAGAGUGAAAAAGAAUAAGUAAAUAGUGUUGACAAUGAUUUGUUUCUUUUUGUUUAUUUUGGGGUUUGCUGCUGGGGGUUCUGCAACAUGUAUGUUUUGGAGUGUGUUGUUCUCUAAAUGCGACAAAUAACUUUAUGUGAUCUCUCUCUAGAAUUGUGAAA